CCCUCCCUCCUCCACCCGCCCCUUGGGCAGGGACUGUGCAAAUCGAGGAGAGGGGAGGACCAGCAGGCUACACAGGGUCCAGCUAAGGGGCCAGGACUCCUCACUGAGACCCUAUCCAAGCUAGGUGUUCCCCGCAUCAUGGAACCUGGAUUUGUGUGAAGCGAAGUGAUUCCCGGGCCAGGAAGCUCCUUCCAGCAGGUCCACGGUACCUUCGUCUCGCAUCAGGACCCCCUUUGGAUGCUCUGAGCCACCCUUCUCAACCCGGAUCUAAAACCUGGGACACGGCCAUCAGGCCAGCCUUUCUCUCCCUUUCCCCCUCCCCCACUUUCUGGCGUCCAUCCCCUCCCCAACACCACCUCUGCUGCUGCCUCUGGCUGUGGAUCUGCACCUCUUCUCCAUCCUCGCCAGGCCCUCCGGAGAGUGGGGUUAGCCUGGAUGAGAAUGUGCCCCUAACCUGGGACCCUCCCAAGCCAUGGCUCCUGUGCUCCCAGGGAGGAGUCCAGGACCCUGAGCAUCUGCUAGAAGCUUGGCAGAGGCCCCGCUGGGACCGUGUCUUCUGAGGACAAAAGGCUGAGGCCAGCAGGCAGACUGGGUGGGGGGUGGGGGGAACCGGCAGCUAGGCAGGCAGACCAGUAGCGGAGCCAGCGCUGGCCCCCUCCCAGAUUGGCGGUUGCAUGAAGAUGGGGAUGGGAGUGUGUAGUGGGAGAGUCACCUACCAGGACCCCCACCUGCCCACUACUUGGGUACCCCAAAGCUGUGUGCUGUCCACCUGGUGUUCCCCAACAUCUCCAGCUCUACCAAGUGCACCCCUCUGGCACCUGCUUCCCUUGCUGCCAGCGAUUUAGACCAACGAGGCUGUAUCCACGGCAACAGAAGCAGGAGUGUCACUGGUGCCAGAUCACUGAGGGUCCCACAAUGUGGCUUGGGCUGUGGUUUAUCAGGGAUGAGACAGAGUGAGCCCCCUUCCUGAAUUCCAAGACAGUUCUGCUAAGAGAACCCAGUCUCAUUAUUUACUACUCUGUCGCUGCAUUUUUCUGUCUCCUACACUCAUUACUCUGUCUCUCUGUCUGUAUCUUCCUCCAUUGUCCCCAUUUGCAGGUGUAGCUCAGCAAGACAACAGAUGGAGUCCCCCAGGGCACAUCAAAUACUGGACUGGCCGACCCUCUAGGGUUGGGGGCCCUUGCCCCUCAGUAUGGCCAACACCACCGGAGAGCCCGAGGAGGUGAGCGGCGCAUUGUCCCUGCCAUCAGCGUCGGCUUAUGUGAAGCUGGUGCUACUGGGACUGAUCAUGUGUGUAAGCCUGGCAGGCAAUGCCAUCUUGUCCCUACUGGUGCUCAAGGAACGUGCCCUGCACAAGGCUCCUUACUACUUUCUGUUGGACCUGUGCCUAGCUGAUGGCAUACGCUCUGCCAUCUGCUUCCCCUUUGUACUGGCUUCUGUGCGCCAUGGCUCCUCAUGGACCUUCAGUGCACUCAGCUGUAAGAUUGUGGCCUUUAUGGCUGUGCUCUUUUGCUUCCAUGCGGCCUUCAUGCUGUUCUGCAUCAGCGUCACCCGCUACAUGGCCAUCGCCCACCACCGCUUCUAUGCCAAACGCAUGACACUCUGGACAUGCGCAGCUGUCAUCUGCAUGGCCUGGACCUUAUCUGUGGCCAUGGCUUUCCCACCUGUCUUUGAUGUGGGCACGUACAAGUUUAUCCGAGAGGAGGACCAGUGCAUCUUUGAGCAUCGCUACUUCAAAGCAAAUGACACAUUGGGCUUUAUGCUUAUGUUGGCUGUGCUCAUGGCAGCCACACAUGCUGUCUAUGGCAAGCUGCUACUCUUCGAGUAUCGUCACCGCAAGAUGAAGCCAGUGCAGAUGGUGCCAGCCAUCAGCCAAAACUGGACAUUCCAUGGCCCUGGGGCUACCGGCCAGGCUGCUGCCAACUGGAUUGCUGGCUUUGGCCGUGGACCCAUGCCUCCAACUCUGCUGGGUAUCCGGCAGAAUGGGCAUGCAGCUAGCCGGCGGCUACUGGGCAUGGACGAGGUCAAGGGUGAAAAGCAGCUGGGCCGAAUGUUCUACGCGAUUACGCUGCUCUUCCUGCUCCUCUGGUCACCAUACAUCGUGGCUUGUUACUGGCGAGUGUUUGUGAAAGCCUGCGCUGUGCCCCACCGCUACCUGGCCACUGCUGUUUGGAUGAGCUUCGCCCAGGCUGCCGUCAACCCAAUCGUCUGCUUCCUGCUUAACAAGGACCUCAAGAAGUGCCUGAGGACUCAUGCCCCUUGCUGGGGCACAGGAGGUGCCCCAGCCCCCAGAGAACCCUACUGUGUCAUGUAAAGCAAGCCAGUAGGUAAUAGGCAGGGGAAAAGUCGUGAUCACCAUUCUGGGGCCAACACCAAGGGAAGGGUGGGACCCAGACAGAAGCCUUCUUUUUUGAGCUUCAGCCCAGGCUCUUAAACCAUCCAUACCUGAGGCAUUUUGCCAAUACCUCCCUACUGUUGGGAACUGGGUGAGGAACUGGAAAAGGGGCAUUUCUAGUUUUGUGGGGCUUGUCCCACAGCUUCCUUCUCCACUUCCACAAUCUCCUAUUCCCAUACCCUCCCUGCCUUCCUUUCCCUCUCCCCUCUCCUAUCUUUCUAAAAUAAUGGUUCAGUAAAAAAAAAAAAAAAAAAAAAAAAAAAAGAAAGAAAGAAAGAAAGAAAGAAAGAAAGAAAGAAAAAAACAACAACAACAAAAAAAAAAAACAAAGUGAAAAUGCAGGGUUUUUAACAACAGCUGAGGAAACAGGCUUUCUUGCUUAAAUGUCCCUCCUUUUGACAUUGUCAAGAAAUGGGAAAUUUCUCCUGUAAAAUAGAUUUCCAGAGAUCAUAUUGCCCUUUGGGAUCCCAUUCCCUUCCCUUCCAAAUCCUUUAAUAAGACCUGGAUGUUUAGGAAAUAUUGACUUACGGCUUCAGAGAAGAGGGACCAAAUGGGAUGCUGCAUUCUUGGGGAGCAAGGAUGUUUAAAUUGUUAGUUUGUAUGCAAUGUUGUUUUUAGCAAACCUUGAUCCCUAGCCAGGUCUCCAGUCCCUCCCUACCAUGUCCAGACUUCUCAGGUGUUUCUUGAGGCUCUGUUUGAGAAGCCAAGAACAUACAAAGAAGGGCCUCCAUGAUGUGCCCCUGCUAGAUGAAGAGCAGAAUGGGAGAUGUGCUCCUCAACCAGAAUAUACCAAACUUAGCUACAUACACUCAAGCUUCCUCUUGGCUCCCCUAAACUUUCUUCCUAGGAAUAUAUUUCCACUUCAGUCCCCACUAAAGAUGUUGUGGGUAUAUGCUGACAGUGGAAGUCAUCCACAGAAGUAUAGGGAGAUAGUUGAACUCCCCAGAGUAGCUCGAGUGCAGACCCUGGGGUCAGAGCUAAAUUAAACCCCACCAUUGGGUUCACACUACUCCUCUAAAAAUGAAAAUUCUUUGGAAGCCUUGGAAACCAAUAGUGAUACAAACUUCAAGGCACUGUGGAAUUGAGUCCAUUCCUGCUUGACCUCUUGGUGGCCCUUCCAAACAUCCUUCCCAGAAGUUAUUUUCUCCCUCCAUCCUUACCUAUGCCCAAAGUGGAGCAGACUACACCCAAAUUUCACAGGUAGAAGAUCCAAAGCCUCUUUUUCCAUGGACAGAGACCACUCUGGGCUUACUUUGAAGCAGCUCUAUGGACUGGUGAGACAAAUUGAAACUCUUUGUCUAAGUUUGGGGCAGUGAUCUCUCCAUCCCCUUUCCUUCCUGUCCUAAACUCCACCUCUACCCCAAGAAAGCCCCUGAACUGAGGAAGCCUUGACCCAAAAGCAAUGAAGGGGGCACUCUAGGCAAAAGAGAUAUUGAUGACCCUGGGUGAGGAGUGGCCCUGGAAAAGCUAGCCAGAGGAGUUGGGAGGCUGGGAAUGUGUCUUUGGGGUGGGGCUAUUCUCUCAGUGAUGAUGAUAGGAAUGCCUUUCUGAGGGCUGGGAUGCAAAGACCAAGGUGGGAGGGCAAAUAGGGUAGACUCAGGAGGGUUUUCCUCCAUUUCCUUUUUCUAACUGCCUGGAUUCACCAUUGGAUUUUGUAAAUGGAAAAAGUGGAAUGAACAAUGUUAUAUUGGAUGUUUUUUCUCUCUCUUUCUCUGUGCAUUUGUGUGUGUGUGCGUGUGUGUGCAUGUCUAUGUCUGUGUAUUCUAUCUGUAUGAUCACAUGCGGGGAGGUAUGACUGAGUGAGAUAGUGAUGUUUGUGUGACUGUGUGUGGGUUCCUAAAUAUUGAGGAAAACUUGUCUGGUACACAUAUGUGAGCAAAUACCCUAUAUGAGGAAACAGUACACACACACACACACACACACACACACACACACACACCAAGGAGAAGAGACAAAACUUAGUAUGUGCCUGCAGCAGGAACUAGAGUGCUUAGGAGAUGGACCUUGAAAUUGUAUGUAUGUGUGUGUCAAUGGGGUCAAAUUCCACCUCAUAAGGUUGUCUUCUCUUGGCCCAGCUUCUGAACAUCAGGUGGGGAGAGGGUGCUUUAGAAACCCAUUUCUUCCCAACGUCUGCAGAUUCCAUCCCCACCCCAAAAUUCAAACAAGGUAUUUCUGAAAUUGGACUACCAUGGAAAUAGGAACUUGGAAUGGAGGAGGGGUCAAACAUGGAGGCAAUGGGAUUAAGAAAUGGUCCCUUGCAAGGUAAUAGCUGUUAGAGGAACUGCUCAGUCUGAACUGGGAGGUCUUCUGAAGGUUCCACUGUAUACAGCUGGGACUCUGUUGAACUUUGACUAAAUUCAGAAGGAAAGAUGACAUAAAGAAAAAGCCCGAGUCUGGGGAUCUACCCGGCUGUCCUACUUCUUAUCACUCAUUUAAUUUACUAUUGGUUUACUUAUUCCCUCAGGUGCACAGAAUUGAGCUGGCCAUAUUACUCAGUUCUUGGCACACUAUAUCAUCAUUGAUCCAUGCAAGGCCCUUUUUUUUAUUUUAUUUUGUCCCCUUCAUCACCCAUGCCAGAUCCCAUUCUUCUCCACCCCACACAGGCACCACUCUUCUGUACUUGAUGUGUGUCUUUCCAAACCACAGUUCAUGUGUUUAUUUACUUAUGUGUAUCUGUGGAAAAUACAUGGUAUUGAUGUGUUUUAAUUUACAUAAAAGUAUUGUACUAUAAAUCUUGUUCUGUUUCUUUUUUCAAUCAACAUUAUGUUUUUGAGAGAUCCAGCCAUGUUGUUAUACACAGAUCAAGCUCAUUCUAAUAAUCCAUCUAAAACAUAUU